GGGCGGGGCGGGGCGGGGCGGGCCGGGGCAGGGCCCCGCCGCCGCCGUGCGCGGCUCCAUGUAGCCCGGGCACUUCCCGCCCGCCAGCGCCAUGAGGGGUUCGCUCCUGCGCCUGCUGCGGCCGCGCCCCGCCUCGCCUCGGCCUCUCCUUGUGUCAGGGAGCCUGUGGGGAAGGGCGCAAACGGCAGCCGUAAGCCAUGCAUACAGUACACAGGCAGGGAGCACCAUGAGGCCGACUGGGCGCUAUCCAAUACCUAACAAGAAGGACCUGCCGUAUGAUAUAGUGGAGCUCAUGGAAGAAGUAGAGAUGAAGAGUGGAUUUUUGCCCAAUGUGUUCAGUGUGAUGUCUCAUCGGCCUGCGGAAUUCAGAGCAUUCUUCGCAUAUUACAAUGCCAUCAUGAACAAAGAGAGAGGAAGACUCAGCAAGGCUGACAAAGAACUUAUUGUUGUGGCUACAAGCAUUGUUAACAGAUGUCCCUACUGUGUAAUUGCACACGGUGCGUUACAUCGGAUAUAUUCUAAAAAGCCAGCUUUGGCGGAUCAGGUUGUUGUGAAUUGGAAACUGGCUGAUCUAAGUGAACGGGAGCAGGCAAUGCUGGAGUUUGCUCUUGCAGUCAGUCACGCUGAUAACAUAACUGAAGAGCACUUCCAAAAGCUGGAGGCUCAGGGUUUUGACCGGGAAGAUGCUUGGGACAUAGGCACAAUUGCCUCCUUUUUUGCCAUGUCUAAUCGUAUAGCUCACUUUACCGAUCUGCGUCCAAAUGAAGAAUUCUACACCAUGGGCAGAAUACCUCGGGACAAGGAAAAGGCAGAAACUCCCUAAUGCUGCCCACAAUUUUGUGAAGACAUUUCAAGCGCUUAAUGCCGUGGCUAAUGUUGCUAGUUACUGAAUAUAUAUAUAUAAAAGGCACAAGCUAAUAGCAGAUUGUUACCAGAAGAGAUCAGAUGGGGAAAUGGGUUACACUUUUCUCCAGCACGCAAAAAGCUGGAAAGGGUUUUCAACCGUGGGUCAGUCAUAAUACCUUUAAUUCCUAAAGUAGCUGCAAGAUCAAAACUUUUGUCAUAAACCUUGUUUAGAUUGUGAUAAACUGGCUGGGUAACAUAUCAUGAUUUAUAAACAAGCUGCAUAGCAA